GCAUUGUGUGCCUCUCCAUUCUUCCUCCAGACUCUGGGUCCUUGGUUUCCAAAUGAGAUGGAAAAGUUGCUCUCAUCAGAAAAGAGGACUGGACCACUGGGCAACAGACCAGUUCUUUUUUUCUUUAGCCCAGUUUUUCUUCUGUCCUGUGUGGUGCAAGACUAUGCAUGGGGCAAGCUGGGCAGUGGCAGCGAGGUAGCUCAGCUAUGGGCUAGUGGGGACUCUGGCCGGAAGAUCGAGCCUAAUAAACCAUAUGCAGAGUUGUGGAUGGGAACUCACCCCAAAGGUGAUGCUCUGAUCACAGAGAACCGUGUUGACCAGAAGACUUUGGGACAAUGGAUUGCAGCACAUCCAGAUUGUCUGGGGGCUAAGGUCAGAGAAGCGUUCCAGGACCAGCUGCCUUUUCUGUUUAAAGUUCUAUCUGUGAGGCUCGCACUGUCCAUCCAAGCUCACCCAGACAAGGCACUGGCCAAGAAGCUGCAUGCUCAGUUUCCUCAGCAUUAUCCUGAUGACAACCACAAGCCAGAGAUGGCCAUUGCUCUCACCCCUUUUCGAGGGCUUUGUGGAUUCAGACCUAUAUCUGAGAUUGUAGGAUUCUUGAAGGCCAUUCCAGAAUUCCGUGCACUUAUUGGUCAGGAGGCGGCACAACUGCUGGAGUCCAGUGCAGAAGAUCCCAGUAAGGAGGCAGAGCAGCGGAAGGUGCUGCAGCAGUGCUUCACCUGCAUGAUGCAGAGCGGCAAGAAAGAGUUGGCAGAACAACUGAAUUUACUGGUGCAGCGUGUAACGCAGCAAGUUGAAAGGGCAGAAGAUGUGUCGUACUGUAUUGGAGAUCUGCUUCUUACACUGCACUCACAGUUCCCUGGAGAUAUAGGUUGCUUUGCUAUCUAUUUCCUCAAUGUGGUGACUCUUCAGCCUGGAGAGGCCAUGUAUCUAGGAGCCAAUGAACCCCAUGCAUAUCUGGAGGGAGACUGCGUGGAAUGCAUGGCUUGUUCUGAUAACACCGUCCGAGCUGGACUCACUCCUAAAUUUAUCGAUGUGGAUACACUGUGUGCAAUGCUGAGCUACAUACCAGCACCAGCCGCUGACAAGCUGUUCACCCCAACACCAGUUAGUGGAGACCCCUACGCCCUCCUCUACAACCCUCCCGUACCGGAUUUCUCAGUCAUCAAAAUUGAGGUUCCAUCUUCCACAUCCCAGUACCAGGUCACACCAUUAGAUUCUGCAAGCAUUCUACUUCUGAUCCGGGGCCAGGCCUCAAGCCAAGGAAUCCAUGGGAAAAUAAGUCUUCAUCCAGGCUCGGUUCUCUUCAUGUCUGCUAAUGAAAGUAUAACCCUGACUGUGGACCCAUCCCAGAAUCUUCUUUUAUUCAGGGCUUGUUGUAUGUUGUAAUGAUAAGAUCUAAGGGCCAGUUCACACAUCGCAUAUUUGUCCUGGAAUUUCAGUUGCGAAAUCCUGCAACAAAGUACCGUACUGAAUGGGGUUUUAACAAGCCCCAUUCACUCACAGUGUAAAAAAUCCACCGCGGAUCCAAGGCAUGCUGAAGGUUUUUAAAACCGCAACUUGCCCUACCUGUUGUGGCGAUGCUGCAAAGUUUCACUGUGGAUUUUAUACAUUGCCGUGUAAUCCACGGCUCCAUCUUCAUCAAAAUCCACAUGCGACAUAAGCUGAUUUUAUUGUGGAUUUUCAUACGGAUUUGGAUCCACAAAAAUGAUGCGUUGUGUGAACUCACCCUAUUGCUGUUACACAAUCCCGCUCCUGCACAGAGAAGUUUUACAUAUUCAAGGAUCAGGGAUAUUUCUGGAAUCUACACUGAACGCUAGGUCUUACUUUUGUGGUGCGAGUGCAAAAUAAAAAUCAUUCUUUGC